AUGAGUUUCAAAGGGUGGCGUGCACUCGCCACACUCUCCCUGGCCCUAGCCCCGCUAGCGGCAGCCGACAUCUGCUCCAAGCUGGAAACUGAGAAUAUCGAGAUCGAGCAGUCUCCGUCUUUGGACUAUACUACUGAGUUGCACGACUACUGGUCACUUGCCUGUGGUGACCUCAAGCCAACAUGCAUUGUCUAUCCGUCCAGUGCUCAAGAAGUGGCCACGAUUGUCAAGGAAUUGCAUCAAACGAAUGACUUUUUCGCUGUGAAGUCUGGAGGACACAUGCCGAAUACUGGAUUUGCUAGUGUUCAGGAUGGUGUCCUCAUCUCGACCAAGAAUCUCAACCAGGUCGUGUAUCACGAUGAUGACCAGACAGCUGACAUCGGACCUGGUCUCUCGUGGGAAGAUGCGCAAAAGGGCUUGGACGGAACCGGUCGAACAAUUGUCGGUGGACGUAUGGGAGGUGUUGGUAUUGGAGGAUAUAUGCUCGGAGGCGGAUUGAGCUUCCUCAGUUCGCAGUAUGGCUGGGCUGCCAACAACGUGGUUGACUUCGAGGUGGUCCUCGCCAAUGGCACUGUUGUCCAUGCUACCGAGAAGGAGAAUUCCGACCUCUUCCUUGCCUUGAAGGGCGGCGGCAGCAGCUUCGGAAUCGUCACGAACUACCAAAUGAAGACGCAUCCCCAGGACCACAAGGUCUGGGGAGGAAACUACUUCUUCACAGCCGACAAAACCUCCGAACUCCUCGAAGCCGUCCAUGACUUCACAGCAAACUACCCCGACGACAAGGCCGCCAUCAUCCUGACAGCCGACCACACCCCCAUCCUCAACACAUGGAUUAUGUUCCUCUUCUACGACGGCGAGUCUCCACCAGACGACGUCUUUGAAAAGUUCAAGGCCAUUGGUCCAACAGACGCCACCAAGACCUGGGACUCCUACUACGACCUGCUCAAGAAAAACGACAUCUUCAUCCUGAAGGGCCAGCGGUACGUGAUCGGCACUGAGACCACGCCCCUCCCCAGCAAGGAUGCCGCAUCCGACGUGUUCCAGACCUUCUACGACCAUUGGAUGAACGUCACCAACAACGUCCUAGACGUCCCGAACGUAAUCGCCUCCAUGGCCUUCCAACCAAUGCCUCGUACUAUCACCAAAAAGGCCAAGGAAUUGGGCGGCGACUUGAUCGACUUCCCCACCGACCAAGACUACAUCAUCCUCGAACUCGACUUCUCUUACUCCUUCGCCUCCAGCGACGCCAAGAUCGACGGCACGCACCAGCAACUCUACAAUGGCCUCGACCAGAUUAUCUCCAACUACGUCGACGAGGGCGUGUUGCCUGAUGUAUAUCGUCCGCUGUUCAUGAACGACGCAUAUCAUCGGCAAGAUUACUGGGGACGGUUGCGCACGGCGGAUACAGCGAGGGAAACGAGGGAGAGAUAUGAUCCGGAGGGAUUCUUGCAGAAGAGGACGAGUGGUGGGUUUAGGUUGAAGUAA